CAAAUACGUGGUGGAAAUCGUUUUUGUCGCUUGUCAGCGUACAUUGUACAUUCCUCUUCUGUCAGAAGAUGGCGUGACAGAGCCGCCGCACGACCGUGGCCAGGCUCCCACCGGGCGGCUUCGGGAGGCGGCGCGCUGCUCCUUAUUGUUCCUGAAGAAAAGCUCGGAUAGCGUCGCACACGUUUUCCAGCAUUUGUCCAAAUGGCUGCCGCGCAGAACCAGCGUCCCACCUGAGAGCGGAAAGCCUUAGUUCGGGAAACGGGACCGACCGACCGGCCGGCCCCCGCUCGGUGACGGAUAUACCGACAAACCCGACGGAGCAGCCGGGAAAGAGGAACGAGCAGACGGGAACGGAUCGAGAGCGGGCGCCACCAGCUCCGCCAUGGUUGAGCCAGCUGACGGAGCCUCCGCCACCGGCCAUAGGCUGGGCGCCCCCGAAAGCUUUGGGGUGUCCACCCUGGAGCCUGGUCUGCGGCCGCCGACGCAGGCGCCGGGGAGGAAAGUCUCUCUCAGGGUGCAGAUGUUGGAUGACACACAGGAAGUCUUCCAGAUAUCGCAACGCUCCCCCGGCAAAGUGCUGUUUGACCUUAUUUGCGUCCAUCUCAACCUGGUGGAGGGAGACUACUUUGGGCUGGAGUACCAGGACCAGCGCAAGAUGACAGUAUGGCUGGACCUGCUGAAGCCAACGAUGAAGCAGAUCCGACGGCCAAAGAACACCAUUCUUCGUUUUGUGGUCAAGUUCUUCCCUCCCGACCACACGCAGAUCAUGGAGGAGCUGACUCAGUCCGAGAUCGGAGACUUUGAUGACACCCAGAGCUGGCAGCAUCUCCUCCACAAUAAAUACCUGCCAGACCAAGACGCCAUCCGGGACAAGAUCACCGACUGCCACCGCAAACACGUCGGACAGACCCCCGCUGAGUCGGACUACCAGCUCCUGGAAAUCGCCCGGCGGCUUGAAAUGUAUGGCGUUCGCCUCCACCCAGCAAAGGACCGCGAGGGGACCAAACUCAGCUUGGCUGUGGCCCACACCGGCGUGCUCGUGUUCCAGGGGUACACCAAAAUAAAUGCCUUCAACUGGUCGAAGAUUCGCAAACUCAGCUUCAAACGCAAACGGUUUCUGAUCAAGCUGAGAGGUGACCCUGCCCAAAGUGGUCACCAUGACACGCUGGAGUUUGCAAUGGCCAGCAGGGACUGCUGUAAAAUCUUCUGGAAGAUCUGCGUCGAGUAUCACGCCUUCUUUCGGCUCUUCGAGGAGCCCAAGCCCAAACCCAAGCCCAUCCUCUUCACCAGAGGAUCCUCAUUCCGCUUCAGCGGUCGCACCCAGAAGCAGAUCAUUGAUUAUGUGAAAGACGCCGAGCUCAAAAAGGUUCCCUUUGAAAGGAAGCACAGUAAGAUUCUGUCCGGUAGCAGCGUGCCCCACCAGUCCUCCUCCCUCAGAUCGCAAGUGCCAAAGGAGAGUGUCACAUCCGUGCCGAUGGAAGGUCGACCAGACCCGGCGGGGCAAGCGGGCACCAACGGCGCCCGGGAACCGUCGGGGGCCACGUCCGCCGCCAACGGCUUCCGCGAUCACAGCGCAGCUCCCGGCUCGGAUGGCAGGCAGGAGCACAAAGGCACGGGCUUGCCGUCGGACAAACGUCUCCUCAAUCCAGGUCCAUCGUGCCGGGCAAACAAAGGCAGCAGUUCUUCCAUCCCGUACAUCGACUGCAGCGAUGUAGACAGCGAAUGCGACGGCGCAAAGAGCGGCGCGGGCCGAAGCCGAGCCAAUGGCGGCGACGACGCCGAGACCGAUAAGCGCGCGGGUUGUUACGCUUCCGGCGGGGGCCCCGACGGCAGCUUGUUCGGGCUCGUCAAUGGCUUCUACCACACGAAUCAUCCGGGCUUGAUGCAGCAGCAGGACGGGAAGGCUCAACCGCGAGCGACGCCACUGGCUAACAGAAAUGGCGGCGACCCUUCGCGGUCCAACCGAGUCGGGAACGGUAGCCGCGAGAUCGACGACGAUGACAGUUUGUCAAAUAACAACAGCGGUUGUUAUGGCGGGCGCCCGCCGCCGCUGCAUAGUACGCUGCUGGACGAGAUCUUUCAGGGUCGCGAGACGCGGCCCUUCGGGGCGGGCACCCAAAGUCAUCAGUGCUCCAGCCCGCUCAUGAGCAGCUUCCACCAGCGCACAAACUCGCUCGGUCACGGCGAGGUCGCCAACGGUCACCCUCGCUGGGAUGACGCCGGGCAUGACUUCAGUAAACGUCCCGGCGGCACGCCCGCCGUCCCGCCGCCCCGCCGCUACGGCAGCUGCUCGCCCGUCAGCGUCGUUUCCAACGGCACGCCCGCCCGUUCGGCCAAGCAUUGCAACGACAACUUGCGUAAUCGCUCCGAUACGGAUCCGUUCGUUCUCAGCCGGCUCACGUCCACACCCGUCUACCCGAGCGGCGCGCAUCAUCACGCCGGGCUGCGCGCUCCGACUCCUUGUUCGGCCCCGCUGGAGCGAAGAAUGAUCAUAACUAACGGUAAUCAUCGCGGGCCCCUCCUGAUUCCGGCUCAGCCGCGUUCCAAUACAUUGCAGCGCUCCUUUGGCCAGCGCGGCGCGCCCGCAGCUCAGAACAACCGCAACAAUCUAAACCGGACGGUUCAAAUGAUCGACGGCUCCACCAGCAGCGGCAGCGACACGAGCGACACCGAGUCGGACGCCGGCAGCGGCGCUUACGGCCCCCCGCUCGUGUUCGGCAAUCCCGCCGCCGUCGGCUCCGCCAAUUCGGUCCACUCCAACGGCGUGAGCUCGCCUCCGCUCGCGCACUGCAAAUUCUCUUUCGGGAGUCUCAAGCUGGUGGACGCCAAUGACGGCGAGGCGGAGCAAGGUUGCUACGCUUGCACCGGCGAGGAUGCGGGAGGUCGCGUUUUCAGCUGCUAAGGGCAAGGAAGUCAAGCGUCCGUGGCAUCCAGACGCGGUUGCUUGGAGGCGGGAUGCGGGCGGCCAGGCAAUCGCAGCUCUUUUGCUCGCUUUCACAACAUUGUGCUUAUUUUAGGGGUCCUUGCGUCGUUGAACUCGACAGGAACCAAAACAAAUAUUUGCUUCAAUUUGAAUUUUUGCCAGGGGCUGUGCACGCGAGUUUAGAUUGGGAGUCCGGAUUCGUUGUUGGCGCAAGACGUUGUGCCACGUGGGCGCCAGCCAAUCAGUGGGAGUCCAAAUUCUGACUCACGCUUGUUUCAUUCAAGAUUCAGUCACUUUGGACUGAGAUCCUCUCGAAAGCGGGGGUGCCCGACCUUUUUUUGGACCCAAGAUCGAUUUUUCAAGCAACCGCCUCCCAUGAUUGAUCCGUUAGCGCACGCAAACCGCGUGAACGAAACAGCAACAGUUUGUCAAAUCACUGCUCACCUUAGUCGAGACCUGACGCGGAGGCACGGGCCGCACUUUUGCAGCCUCUCAAGUGCACAAACUGUCGUCCGUGUAUCUUUUGAAAACGCUUCUACCGGCGCUCCAGACUGCCAACCUUUGCCAAUGCCAUCGCUGAAACGAACAACGCUAGUGCAGACUGCCGACCGCUAACAGCUUCCGGUGAUGCAGAUCGUGCGCCACCGUAGGUUCAAGGUGAACCUGCUUUUUGAUUUGAUUCGAUUUUUUCUAGACUUAAUUAAACAAAGACGCACACUUUUUUGCUCUCUGCGUCCCCUUCCACCCUGACGAUGUAUUUUGAAGCGGUCCGCGGGCUAGCGGCGAUCGCGAUCGGCUGGUUGGGCACCCUUGCUCUAAACCGACCGUACAAUUCUAAGCGAAGAAAAUUUCAAGUUGAGCAGGAGUUGUUAUCCGAGUUGUUUGAAUCCACCUCUUCUUCUGGAUUCCAAACAACGUGGCCGUUGGGAACGCUAAGAUGAUGAUGCGACUACUCUGCGGUGCUGCGGGUGAGCCCAACCGAGUCGUCGGAUUGACUGUAACGUCACCAAGAAGUCGACUGGCGUGGUUUAGUCAUAAUGCUAAUGAGAG